AGAUGUCUGAUUAUAUGUCAUAAAAAUAAAAUUGCUGUAAUUUUUACAACAAAAAUUGAUACUGCUAACAUUCAAAAUUGAUUGACUCCAAAUUUUUAGUAUUAACAACACCAAAUUUAUUUGAAGAUCCAGCUGUUUCAGAUACCUAUCUGGUUGAUGAUCUUCUGUUACUAGAAAGAUUUACAGUUCAAUGUUAUCCCUUGAAGUUAUUUAUUUCGAAUGAAACGGAAGCACAUAAUUAUUUCAGCUCUUACAUUAACUGGUGCUGGAACUUUAGGACUGAUGGUACGCUCGACAAUAAAAACAAUAGAAAAUAUUGUCGAUCCAACAAUUUUAAGAAGGCGGCAAAAUCCGUUUUACAUUUAUGUUGAAGAUGAAGUGAUGACUAAAGAUUCAAAUUAUCCUUUAAAGCCAACUCUCUGGGAUGAUACAAUAAAACAAUGGAUAGAUUUUGAAUACUAUUUCUCCCCUUUGAUGUGGUGGGAAAAGAAGAAGACUGACCUCAUGUGGAGACUGCUUCAAAUGUCAAAAGAAGAAGACUGUUGGAGAAACAGAGUAAGGCCACUUGAACAUAUCAUAAAGAGAUUCACCCUUACAGAUUCUGACUACAACCAUCUAGCACAGCUGUGUGAUGCGAAAACUGCAGUGACUCUUGCGAGGAUGAAAGAUGCAGAUAUAAGAUUUUUUCGAAAGCCAUUCCACUCUCCAAAAGACCCCACAAAAUCAGUGGAGGGGGUUGUUAAUAGAAUAUUUGAUUUGCUAGUAACUUUGAACAAAUGUAGCGAACAUUCUUGCAUAGAUUACUUUCUAUCCAAAACUUUUCCUGGUCGUAAGGUGAGGCCGUACACUCAAAUAGAUUGCUCAGAAUUUCCUCAGUUGCAGACAGUUACUGGUUCUAAACUGUUUACAACGGCUCUUGAGUCUAUUUUACACCAUUGUUUGAGUGGAAAUGUUGUCAGUGACCUUGUGGAAGCCGGUGGUCUCCAACUCCUUUAUGACAUAUAUCAGUUGGAUAGUGACAACUAUGAAAUCAAGGUCCCUCUGGUGCAGAUAAUAGUUGAAGUCAGCUAUCAUCCUGAAUAUUUACAGGAUCUUUUUCAAACAGGAUGGAUUAGGCUGUUGGCUGAAUGGAUAAAGGAUCAGGAUCAAAGGCUCUCAUCACCUGCAGCAUCGGCUCUUUCUAAUUUGGAGAAAGAUUGUGAAGUCGGUAGAGGUUUCAAAAAUGCGACUUACUUGUUGUAUCCGACUAAUUUGGAAUGGAAAAAAAGAAAGGUCGAUGUGGUUCUUGUUCAUGGGUUAAUGGGUGGACCGCAUUCUACUUGGCGAAAAGGGCCACACAAUAGUGAAUUGGACCCUUGGCAACUAAUCCCAGGUAUCGUUAAUCAAGCACCGAUUGUAACAGAAACCCCUUUUGUUAUCGAGCCUAGAAAGCCAUUCCGUAAAAGUCAAGAUACAACAAAAUCGCCUAUAGAUCUUGACUGCGACCUUUUAGAUUUUGAGUUUGUCAUGACUGACCUGCCUCUUGGGGUCAGUGGAGAAUCAAAUGACACAUUUACUCUGACUUGUAAGGAAAUGCAAGAGGAAAUGGCAAAUGAUUAUUGCGGAGAUUCCCAAUGUUGGCCGAAAGAUUGGCUUCCUGAAACCUGUUCUGGUAUAAGAUUAAUAGGAGUUAAUUACUAUUCAACAAUUUCGGACUGGGUUUCAUGGUGUCCAAUAAGAAGUCGAGGCCUGUUACCAAAAGCAAAAUACCUUUUGGAAAAUUUGAUCGCAUGUGGUGUAGGCGACAGACCGAUAGUUUGGAUCACUCAUUCCAUGGGUGGAUUGAUUUUAAAACACAUGCUAUUAGAAGCAUCCAAUACAAUCGACGAUCCUCGAUAUGCUAAUUUUUGCAAAAACUCAAAAGCGGUAUUUUUCUUCAGUACUCCACACUUUGGUAGCCCUCUAAUUGCACAGGGGAAUGAACUGUAUGCUUUUUUCUUUAUGCCAUCUAAAGAGGUUGAAGAAUUGAAGCUCAACUCACCAGGGUUAAUUGAGCUUCAUGAACGUUUUAAGAAGUUAGUUUCAAAAUACUCUAUGAAGAUUACUAGUUUCAAUGAGACAAAAGCUACUAAAUUUUCCGUGUGGGACGUUGAAUUAAAAUGCUUAACUGAUAUGACAAUGGAUUCUGGCACUGGUGUAAUUUACAAGUUACCUUUGGGUCAUGUGGACAUAUGUAAACCCAGCAGCAGGCUUUCCUUUGUUUACCAGAAGAUAUCAAGUACAAUACGAAGUAUUUGUAAAGAAAAUAAGUGCUGUCCUAAAAACUGUUUAUAAAAAAAUAAUCUAGGCCCUAAAUUUCAAAUGCUUCCAUUUUGGCACAUAAAAAUAUCCUUACUCUUGAAGGAGUGUGUACAUGAAAAUAUAUCUACCGACAAUUUCAGCCCUUUA